GAAGCAGAAGCACGUGGAACCGUGAGUGGUGUGGAGAAGUUUUGUCAGGAUCUCUACGGCCUCGGGGCUUGCUGGGUGGCUGUUUUUGUAAAUGAGAUUAAACUUCUAAAUUAAACUUCUGCGCCCUGUGGCAAAAAAUACCCCAGCAUUAGAAUUGACUGCAAAGGGCAAUGUGCUGCUCUGCUCUCCAGCUGGGCAGUGUGCCAGGCCCGGGAGGAGUGGCAGUGACAGUGACAGUCUGUCCUCGGGGCAGCACGCAGGCAUUGCCUGCAGGAGGAGAAGCCUGGCUGCAGGGCUGUUCCUGGCCUCUGCACAAGUGGGACCCUGGAAUUGUGUUUUGGGAGUGCUGGCUGGAGAGCCAGGCCCUUGUGCUGGUCCUUUGCAUUGCCCAUGUCUCGUGGCAAAAAUGAGCAGAUCUUUAGGGGUACGUGGCUUUAGAUGGAAAAGGGGGUUUAUGGUUCAGGGAAAACCCCCUGAUGCAGAACGUGACCAGCCUUCGUCCCCCUGCCCAGGGUGACAUGGAGCAGCCACGGCCGGGUGGAGGAGCCUCUCCCCUUCCCUCGGGAGCUCCUGCAGCAGAGCCAGGCAGCGAUGGAGGAGCCAGCUGUCACCAUGCAGGGCCCAGCUCUGAGCUCCCCGGGGACCAGGGCAGCCAAAGCAGGGACAAGGCGGCCGAGGAGCCCGAGAGGAGGAAACAGAGGGCGAAAAAAGGAGAAACAGAGCUGGUCAUCCUGGACCCAGAGCACCCUCUGAUGACAAGAUUCCAGGCUGCCCUGAAGAGCUACCUCACCAAGCAGAUAGAGCAAGUGAACCUGGAGCUGCAGGCAAUGAGAUCAGCCACGAAGACCAGCAAGGAGCAGAGGGAGCAGCUGGGGCUGGUGCUUUUCGGGGCCCAGCAGCAGCUGGGGCAGCUGGAGCAGGAGCUGCAGAGGAGCCGGCAGCGCUGGGGCCAGGCGGCCGCGGCACGGCAGCAGCUGGAGCAGGAGCUGCACGCCCUCAGGGCUGCUCACCAGGAGAUGUGUCACAGCACCGAGGGGGAACGCAAGACAGUUUCUGCCAUGCAGACCCAGGUUGAAAACCUGGCCUUGGAGCUCUUCUACGUGCAGAACAUGGACCAGGACACGCAUCACAGGCUUUUACUGAUGAAACAGUCAGCAAAGAGGGCUGAGGCAGACAGGAUCCAGGCGGAGGUGGAGAAGAAAAAACAGGACCUUUUCCUGGACCAGCUGACGAGGAGAGUCCACCAGCUGCAGGAACAAAUUGCUCUGUUUGAAGCUCAGCUUGUGGCCCAGGCAGAGGACACAAAAGUGACCCGGCAGGCCAUCAGCGAGGCUGGCCUGGAGGUCCAGGCUAUUAACAUGGAGAAAAAGAAGCUGAUGGAGCACUGGAACAGCAGCUUGGCUGGAAUGAAGCAGAGAGAUGAGGCCUAUGUUGUCACUCAGGAGCUGCUGAGCAACUACAGACGUGACCUCAAGUCCCUGGAAGGGGACAUCCAUGGCUGUGGGAAGUCCAUCAGGAAAGAGGAGGAGAAGAAUGAGAGCCUGGUCAGGCUCCUGACCCGCUCCCAGAACGAUGCCAGUGUGACAAGGAGACUGAUUGCCCGGUGCCUGCUGGAGCAGGAGGCCCUGCAGGUUCAGACUGGCACCUACACUCGUGUUCUCCAGGAGACAGAGGAGGCCCUCAGCAGGACCAGGACGGAGCAGGCUGCUCACCUGAACGAGCUGCUGUCCAUCAGUAAGGCUCUGGAGAAGGGAACUUAUGCCAAGGAGCAGCUAGAGAGUGAAAUCAUGGCAAAGCUCCAGGACCAGAGGAUAUCCAGCAAAGUUGCAAAGCACUUCUCCCAGCUGGCUGAAAAGCUUCGGAACAGAAAAAGCGACCUGGAGCUGCAUUUUUACAAGGUUGAGAACGAUGUGGCCCAGAUUAUUCUGAACGCAACCAACACCAGCUGCAGGCUGACAGUUCACCAAAAAACGCUCCGUGAGGUGGACAAGGAGAUAAAAAAUGUGAACGAACAGAUCACCUGCCAGGAAAACGAGAUUGCAAAGUCCAGGAUCCUGGCUGAGAGGAAGGGGGGGAUCAUCUGCCUGUACAACAAGAAGCUGGAGAUGCUUCUUUCUCAGCAGGGGGGGCAAGAGCUGGGCCCGCUGGAGAUUGAGAUCAACAAGCUGAACAAGCAGAUAGAAGAUUGCAACGCGGAGGCGAUGGCGUUGCAGAAGUACUGGCUGAACGAGCAGAAGGAGCUGGUGAAGCUGACACGGGAGAGGGAGGAACAAGUCACCUCCCUGGACACGCUGCAGAAGCAGAGCAUCAUCAUGCAGCAGAGGAAACUGCGCCUCGAGAAUGAAAUUCAGCAGGAAAUAAAAGAGCAGAAGGAUGUAGAGCGGCACAUGAAGAACAUGUCAAAUGACUUGAUAAAGUUGAACACGUUGAUCAAAAAGAACAACAGCAGCGUUGAGGACCUGCAAAAUGGCAGAAUUGUCACAGAGAACGAGUUUGUGCAGUCCCUCAAGGCAGCAGAAAAAGAAUCCAUGGAGAUGCAGGAGAGGCACAGUAAACUGACGGAGGAGAAGGAAAGGCUCCUGAACAGCCUGGUAGAAGCAGAGCAUCAGAUCCUGCUGUGGGAGAAGAAGUUCCAGCUGGCAAAAGAGAUGCGGGAAGCAACAGAUGCUCUGCUGGAACACGGCGAGAUCCACGACAUGAAAACAGAGAUUCGCAGGAUGCAGGUGCGCUACGGGCAGCUGCAGAAGCAGCAGGAGGUGCUGAUUCGGGCGAUGGAGGCGUGUGUUUCCCAAAGAGAGACAAUUGCAGACCAGGCAGAGGCUCAGAGCAAAUUAAAACACAGCACCAAGAGCGACUUCCAAAGCAGGAAAGAGGAGCUGAAGAAGAAGAUCAGGGAAAUCCAGGAGAACAUUUAUGAAUGCAACCAAACCAUGCAGGAGCUGGAGACCAUCCAAGAGUCCCUCAAUGACAGCUUCUCAGAAAAGCAGCAGGAGGUGUGCCAGCUCCAGGCUGAGAGCGAGAGCCUCAGCCUGGACAGGGAACAUCUUCAGAACGAGAAACGAUGGAACCUCUUGGAGCUUGUGGCCCACCAGGCGCGCCAGAAGCAGCUGCAGGCACUGAGGCAAGGGAAGUACAAGGCCCUGUGCCACACUGAAGAGGCCUGCGUGAACCAGCAGGAGAAACUGGAGGGUCGGCUGCACACCAUUCGCAGCAUCGUGCAGCAGAUCCAGCAGGAGCAGCCCCAGAACCAAAGGGCUCUGCAGUGGCUCAGUCACUCCUUGAGAUCCAAGCUCGGCUCGGAGAAAGCCUGACAGAAACAUGGAAAAUACAUGCAGUAUCUUUUAUAUUCUCCCACAGGCUCCAGACUUUGUAAAUAAACAAACAAACAAAUAAAUAAACAAGCAGGCGCAGGGUCUAAUGUU